AUGCUAGUGCUUGGUCCUACUCGCGAGCUUGUCGCGCAGAUCCAGCGCAGCGCUGAGAGGUUCUGCAAGACGACACAGAUCUUGCUGGAGACCAUCUAUGGUGGCGCAUCGAAGGCCGAGCAACUCGCGGGUCUGAGGAAGAUGCCUGCAGUGGUGGUAGCCACACCGGGACGGCUGAUCGAGUUCUUGGAAGAGGAGCCUGCUCCUUGUUCCUUGAAGCACGUGCGCCACAUGGUCCUGGACGAGGCCGACCGCAUGUUGGGCGAAGGCUUCGAAGUCCAGGUUCGGCAAAUCUUGGCGGAGGCGACGAUGCCAAAUCGCCAGACUUUGCUUUUCUCGGCUACAUGGCCACCGGCGGUCAAGGCCUUUGCCUCCACCGUCCUGCGCCAGCCUGUCGAGGUGCGUGUGGGGGCUGGCGAUUCAUGUUUCAGCACAAACCCGAAUGUCGUGCAGGAUGUCAUGUUCCUCCGCGACGACUCGGAGAAACCGUCUGCGCUGUGUGCCCUACUGAAAGGGCGGAAGAAUGUCAAAGCCAUCGUUUUCGUUGCCACGAAGCGGGCCUGCCAGCAGCUGGAGCGCAGCUUGCGAGGGAGAGUGCCUCUGGUGUGUGAUGCACUGCAUGGCGAUCGAAGCCAGCGAGAUCGAGAGGCUGUGCUGGACCAUUUCCGGAAGGGCCAGGUGCAGGUCCUGCUCGCCACGGACGUGGCUGGACGCGGCAUCGACGUGAGCAAUGUUACCCUGGUAGUCAACUACGACUGCCCCCGAAGCGCGGAGGACUACAUCCACCGUAUCGGCCGAACUGGCCGGCAGGGGAAAGGAGUUGCGAUUUCCAUCCUCACCGACCGGGAACAAGAUGCGAUGGAACUCAUUGCCAACGUCAUCGAAAAGGCCGGCACUCGAAUGCCGCCAGAACUUGCGAAGAGGCUGGGCAUGCUGACCUCCGUGGGCAAGGUCGAUCCGCGGAUGCACUGGAAGGAGCCAUGGCAAGGUCUGGACGGCAACAAGUAUCAGAAGGAGGAUCUGAAGAGUGCGGUGGAAUCUUUGUGGACUUGA